AAAACAGCAGGCGGGGCCAAGCAGCAGCAGCAGCGGCGGUGUCACCCAGCGGAUAGUCGUUGUUUUUAAACGCUGCCCCAGAGUCCAGCCGUGUCCGUGAGCCUUCCACCAUGUCCCCUUUACCUCCGGACCGAGCCGCCUGGACCGGUUUCGUGUUGAGCGCUUCCGUGCUGCUGCUCCUUAGCUUUGUCAGCCCGGGUGAAUGCCAAACAACCUCCCCGCCGCCACCACCAGUCAGGUGUUCCAGCUUCAAGGACUGUGACAGCUGCGUUCCUCACGCUAAGUGUCUCUGGUGUUUCACCACCAACAACUGCACGGAUUACCCCGUGACCUGGUGGCUGCCUCCGGCCUCGCUGUGCCCGCUGUCCCAGGCCCGAUGGGGCGUCUGCUGGCUGAACUUUGAAGCGCUGAUCAUUGCUCUGGCUGUGCUGGUUGGAACCUUCCUGAUCAGCAUCGUCAUCUGCUGCUGCUGCUGCUGUUGCUGCAAGAGCCGCCACUCAGGGCUCGACAGAGAUGAGGAGAGAUUUGCCAGGAGGAGAGAGGAGAUCAGACAGCGCGCUGAAGAACGGAAGGUGGAGAGACAGUCGAGACACGAUGAGAUCCGAAGAAAAUAUGGCCUGAUGGGGGACUCGGACCACCCGUACAGCAAGUUUGAGAACGAGUGAAGCAGCUGUGCUGGAGGACAGAGCUGCUCUCGUUUUUUUCACUUUUAGCUUCAUUUGCUGCCUAUUUUUCUCCAUUUGACCCAAACCCUGACAUCAAUGCUGCAGACCACAGCUGUACAGACCAAUCCAGAGCCAAGCUCCACUUCCCAUGUGGUCAACAAUCACUAACCUGUCUGAGAGCUUUCUGAUUGUCUUUUUGUUUUUCUUUCUUGGAUGAAUGUGAAGCUUGUUUUUAAACUUUCUCCUAAGCUCUUGUAUUCAGAAAUGUCUUCUCUUUUUAUAUGGCCUACUUUCACUCAGUCUUUGCACUUUGUACUUGAAUUAAAUUUAGAAAUGACAUAAUUGGAAAUGAAACACUGGCGUGUUCACAUAAAGAGAGGUUGUGUAAUAAA